GCCCCUGCGGGUCCAAGCUCUCCCGAGCGCCAUGCUAGGCGUGGGCAGCGCGGGAGUUGCGCGGGCCCUGCGGGCUGGGAAGCAGGCAUGGCUGUGGGGCGCGCGCGGCCGCUCCCUGGCCCUGGUGCACGCGUCCCGCGGGCCCCACGCGGCGGACUGGCAGCCAUCGGCCGGGCGGGGGCCGCGCAGGCGUCCGCUGAGCCUGUCUGCAGCCGCGGUUGUGAACUCGGCGCCCCGCCCUCUGCAGCCCUACCUGCGCCUCAUGCGGUUGGACAAGCCCAUAGGAACCUGGCUGCUAUAUCUGCCGUGUACUUGGAGCAUUGGUCUGGCGGCGGACCCAGGCUGUCUCCCAGAUUGGUACAUGUUAUCCCUGUUUGGCACAGGAGCUGUUCUGAUGCGUGGAGCCGGCUGCACCAUUAACGACAUGUGGGACCAGGACUUUGAUAAAAAGGUUACAAGAACAGCAAGUCGCCCAAUAGCUGCUGGAGACAUUUCAACUUUUCAGUCCUUUGUUUUUCUUGGGGGACAGCUGACCUUGGCCCUGGGCAUUCUUCUCUGUCUGAAUUACUACAGUAUAGCUCUUGGAGCAGCCUCCCUAGUGCUUGUCAUCACCUACCCGCUAAUGAAACGAAUUACAUACUGGCCUCAGUUAGCCUUGGGGUUGACCUUUAAUUGGGGAGCAUUGCUUGGAUGGUCUGCUAUCAAGGGCUCCUGUGACCCAUCUGUUUGCCUUCCUCUUUAUUUUUCUGGAAUUAUGUGGACUCUCAUAUACGAUACUAUCUAUGCCCAUCAGGAUAAGAAAGAUGAUGCUUUGAUCGGGCUUAAGUCCACGGCACUGCGGUUCCGUGAAGACACCAGGAAGUGGCUCGCUGGCUUCAGUGUGGCCAUGCUGGGGGCGCUGAGCCUGGUGGGAGUGAGCAGCGGCCAGACUGCGCCCUACUACGCUGCCCUGGCUGCCGUAGGAGCCCAUCUGGCUCACCAGAUUUACACUCUGGACAUUCACAGACCUGAAGACUGUUGGGAAAAGUUCACCUCCAACCGAACAGUAGGACUAAUAAUUUUUUUAGGGAUUGUCCUUGGGAACUUGUGGAAAGCAAAGGAGACAGAUGAAACAAAGAAAAAUAUAGAAAACAGAAUAGAAAAUUAAGAUUAGGUUUAUCUAGGACUUUUUAAAACAAACUUUUACAAAACACUUUCAGGUCUUGUUACCACCUAAUUAGAUUUGAAGAAGUCUUAUAGUAUGUUACUAAAUUACAGACCAGUAGAUGAAGUUUUAGAGCAUUUUGGCCUAGAUUUUAGUUCAAAUAUGUAUAUGUCAGAUUCUUCUCCUGUCACAGGAACCAGGGACUGCUCAGGAUUUGCAGUGACCAGGAGUAUUUAAAUUAAUGCUUUCUUGCUGUUGUAAUUCUCAUCUAGAGUUACAGGAAUUAUAUGAUUUUUAGCACUUUAGCAAUAAAAACUCAUAUAUGUCUCAUCUAAAUGAAUGUCUCUGGGAAUGUAGACUCUGUUUUUAGGGGAAAAAAUAAAAGCUGCUACAGAAAGUCAGGGCUUAUUGUUCUUUGCAUUGACCUUUACUUACUGCCAAAAGCUGUAAUUCAGGAAACCAUUCUGGUUUUUAUAUUUUAGGAGAAUUUAAGUAAGGAAAUAAAUUAUUUUUUUACCUAC